AUGAGCGACAUGAGAUUUCCCAGCGCAUCUCCCAUUCCAUCCAGCUCCAUUGUGACCGUCCCCUCUGAAUGCAGAAAGCCAGAAUGGUGGUGGCGUUGGGGCUCCGAAUCUCCAAAGGAAUCUCGCAGCGCAGAGUACUCUGAAUCUUUUAUAUUGACCCAAAAGCGGAAUCGAAAACGAUCAAGGCGUUUUCCAGAGCCGGAGCUCUAUUCUGGCGAGGCAGAUACAGAUGCCCAAAAGCGAAUGCGACUUGGUGGUUCACAUCCCGAUAACCGUAUCUCCAAACACAAAACGGUUUCUGGUUUGGAAUCGGAGAUAUCUGCCACGUCCUUUUCGCAUGGUGAAAGCCUGAAUGCGAGGAAUGAGCAGAGCGACAGUAUGGCAGAAUUGAGAGAAGGCAAACGUAUACCCGCAGCGCCUUUUGGCACCGGAGAUGGGGCUAUUACAGAGGCAGGAGCCGCGAAAGAAAUUCAGCUCUUGAAACGAGAAAUCGAUCUCUUGGGCCUACACCAUAAUAGGAUAACUUCAACUUUGGAGCAAGACAUCAGAUAUUUGCAAGAGGAAAACUUCGCUCUCUGUCACAAGCUAGAUUGGUAUAAGACGCAACACGAGGCCAAGCCCAGUGGAUCUUGUGCUUCGGAUGAGGUGGAGGGACUCAGUGCAGAGUUAGAGAGGAGGAACAGGGAAAUUGAGGAGAAGAUCAAGCAAAAUUCGUCGCUUGAAGAGCAACUUAAUACUGCAGAAGGAUUGAGCGCUGUACUGAGAGACUCACAAGACGAAAAUAAUGUUUCAGUGAUCUUCUCUGAGGAUUUGGCUCAGCUGGAGACUGCAAUGAGCCAAGCGGCUUUGCUCCUUGUUCAAUGUCUCUCCGACAAACAACUUUCAACCGUACGGAAAGCCCCACGCAAAAGCCCAGAGUUAGAUGCGAUGAUCAGGUCAAGUCUUGGGAAAAUGAGUAUUCUGGCUUCCCACCCGAAACAUGCCUUUUCCGCGCUGCUGUUCGGUUUUACACGAGAGCGAGUUUUCUACUCGGGUCGUUGGACUGCUUUGCAACUCGAAGGCUAUAUGUUAAGGGGAUAUCAGGCAUUAAUUCAACGUAUCACUCCGCGCGGCACUCUCGAAAACCUCCACAGAGCAGCUCUUGAGCUAAUGCUGGAGGAAAACCAUCCGUUUCGAAAUUGUUGGGUUCAGUCGCAAGUUGAAGAAGUCCAGUGCGAGCUCCUGCGACUUCUUAGCCCGUUAAUUGAUGCAUCAAAAAUGGGAAUAUUCGACAAAGAUAUUCGGGCUGCCCUGAACCGCCUUUUUACAAUGGCGUUUCACUUUCGUGCCCGCUGUGUGCCCCCUAGGGGCACUCGCUACGAGCUCAUGCAAGUCAAGGCAGGGGAUAUAUUUGACCCACAAUACAUGGAAGCUCAAAGGCCUGAUGGAUGUAUUCAAUCAGUUCCUAGUGGAAAGACGCAUCGAGUUAAGGUUUGUGUUCACGGUUGUCUCGUUUCCCACGUCAUCGAAGAUGAACCAUUCAAUGGAGAAUCACGCAGCACAAUCAGUCAGCCAUUUGUGUCCGCAUAUGAGAGGGACCGGUUGAUCGAAAAGAAGCUAAGGGGGGUUUUGAAGAGUGGGAAGGCAAUUGUUAUCUUAGAGGAUGAUACACAACCAUAG